AUGAACCAUAUGUUCGGAGAUUUGAGCACCAUGUACGAUAAUGUCGCGAGCCAUAUGAGACAGAUGGACAUUCAGAUAGCUCAGACUGCUGAGAGCAUCAAGAGGCAGCAAGGUACUCUACCUGGUAAAACAGACAAAAAUCCUAAGGAGUGCAAUGCAGUUCAACUGAGGAGCGGAAAGUUGCCGGAGAAGAGGAGGUUCACCUCGUUGAGAGGAAUACGGAACCAGCAGUUGGAACAAGUUCGCCAGGACCAGAACAAAGCUAUUCGCCCGAUCCCAGAGGUUGUUCCUCCUCGCGAAUACAUUCCUAAAGUCCCUUACCCUGUUCCAGCAAAGGCCACUCGUAAGGACAGAGAGGAGAUGAAGUGCAGGAAGAUGCUGGAGGACCUAACCGUCCGACUCCCCUUGAUGGAUGCGAUCCAUAUGAUGCCCUCCAUGCGCAACUUUAUGAAGGGAUUGAUCUCAGGAAAAAUAUCAGAGGAGAGCGAAUUCAUGACAGUUUCCAAGGAGCGCAGCGGAGUGCUUCGGAACAGGCAGAUAAAGAAGCAAGGAGACCCCGGCAAGUUCGUCCUCUCUAUCCAGAUUGGGAAGACAAACCUCAAACCAACUAUGUCCUUAGUGUUCGCGGAUAGAUCAGUCAAAUCCCCAGUUGGUAUACUAGAGGAUCUCCAAGUAAAAGUCGGAAACACUUAUGUUUCAGCAGACUUCGUUGUUCUGGAGCUGGAAGAAGAGUCUAAAGAUCCUCUCAUCUUGGAAAGACCAUUCCUAUGUACUGUUGGAGCCAUCAUUGAUGUGCGACAAGGGAAGAUUGAUCUGACUCUUGGGGACAUAUUCAUGCAAUUCGAGAUGGAUGAACUACUAAAAAAGCCGAUGUUAGAUGGGCAGACCUUUGAGGUUGAUGAAGGGAUUGACCCGCUGUAA